GGCUACAUGUAGAUGUAGUAUAGUAGUUUCAGUUUGGUUUGUUGGUUAGGUUUAUUUGAGCCAUUAUAACUUUUUUAGUGUAUAUCUGGUUUGGUAUCUACAAUCACAAACAUUAAAUAUGGUUAAAGUAUCUGGUAAGAGAAAAAGUAUAUCGAAAAGUAAAAAGAAAUCUUGGAGAAAACACUCAGACGUGAAUGAUGUUGAAAAUUUUCUUGAGGAUUUCAGACUCGAAGAGCGAUUAGGAGGCUCGUUCAAUGAAAGAGAUGAUAGUGUCAUUUUUACUGUUGACAAGAGUGCUGAUUCGGAACUAACUAAGCAUCCAAUAAGCAAGAAAGCUAAGGCUGCACUUCCACCUCGAUGUUUGGAUAUCCUUCAACCUUGGACUCAAGUACCCGACCCAAUCAAGAAAAGAAACCGUGUAAGGACUCAAGAAGAAAGAAAAUGUACCAUACGAAAAUCGAUUGAGGAAACCAAAAAGAAGAAUGGGUUUGUAAAGAAGAAGGAUGUAAUUGCAAAGCAAUCAAGAAAAAUCACAGAAGCCAUUAAGAAAAAUGUUCCAAAACGAGGAGAGUUUAAGAAAAAUAUCUGGAAAGAUGAUGACAAAAAUCCACUUGGAGACACAACAUGGCUUGAAGAAGAGACAAACCGUCACGUUUUGAAAAACAUGGGUAAGCUAAGAAUAAGGCAGCCUCAAUCUUAUGCAAAAAAUCCUUCUAAAGCAAAGCCUUCAGGCUUACCUGCAACUGAGAUGCCACACCCAGGAAUAUCCUACAACCCAAGCUUCACAGACCAUCAACAACUUCUGAGGGAGAUAGCUCAGAAAGAAAUGAAACUUAUGAAGGAGGAAGAACACCUGAAAAGAGUUACAUCAAGCAUGUUCUCCAAGAUUAGCCCUGAAGAAAACAGUCAAAGAUGGAUGACAGAAAUGUCUGAAGGCCUAAAUCCAUCAGGUGAUCUUGAUAACGAAAAUGGUGGAGAAUACAUGGCCAUCAAUCCUCCAACAUCUUUUUCCAAGAAGAAAACUCUGAAGACCAGGCGAAAACAAAAGGAAGCCAAGAAAGAAGCUCUAGAAAAACUCAAGCAACGAAUUGAAAAGAAAAAAACAGCUGAUGUUUAUAAGUUGAGGAGAAUGGAAAAGGAGAUAACUGAGAAAGAGCAAAAGUGGGCUGCAGUUAGGGAGAAACGUGCUAAAAAGAAAGCAUCUGAAGAGAACAUGACGAAAAAGCUAUCCAAAAGGAAAUUUGAAGAACCAGAUUUACCAUUUAGUAGACCUCAUGAAAUAACUGGAAAUCUCCGCGCCUUGAAACCUGAGGGAAAUAUACUGGUUGAUCGAUACUACAGCAUGCAGAAGCGAAAUGUCCUAGAGGUCACUGCGAAACAACUCAAAUGCCACAGAAGGAAAGUCAAGAAGUUUGUCAAACCAAGUCACAGAAUUGAAGAAUCACCAACGGUUACAAAAUCAAAAUAAAUUGUUAUUAUUGA